GGCGCAAUGUUCUCUCUCUGCAGGUCAGCCGAACUUCCCUGACGACGCGAGCCGGCGCCAUGGACAACGGCGGUGCAACAGAGCCCAUGUUGAACACGUCAGAUGAGGUUGCUGUGCUGAUCGAGGAGAGCCAACAAGAUGGCGAAUCAGACGACCUUCCUCUGGAAAUAUUUCGAGAAGAACACCAGGGAGCGAGAGCAUCUAGACUGACACGUUCUCCAGGCCGAUAUACGAAUACCGUUAAGACAAACAUGCACCAAGCAGCGGAAGUAGGAGAUGCGAACCGGCUCCUGCAACUGAUACAAGAGCGACCGGAUCAUCUAAGCCAGCAGGAUGAGAACGGGCACGUCCCCCUCCACCUGGCCGCCAGGGGAGUACACCUCGAGUGCUGCGAAGUCCUACUGUCUGCCAGCAUCAAGGAAGUUAAUGUGAAGGACAAACUGGGCAACACUCCCCUACUAUUGGCGCUCACUACCGGCGACAUGUCCUUCAAGAUCGCCGAGCUGCUGGUGUUCAAGGGAGCCUCCGUGAAGACUGCCAACCGAGCCAAGCGAACGGCCCUGCAUCUGGCAGCGGAGAAAGGCAACGACGAAAUUCUAACGCUCCUCGUUAGCAACUGCCCCGAGAGUGUCCACGCAAGGGAAGCCGAGCAGCAGACGCCUCUCCAUUUGGCGGCUCGCUGUGGCCACGUGACUUCCUGCCGGCUGUUGGUGGGCAACGGGGCAGACAAGGAAGCCAAAGACCUGCGCGGGUACACUGCUCUGCACUGGGCUGCCAAAAUGGGUUUUUCAGAGUGUUGUAGUCAGCUGCUCAAGCUUGGAUCUGAGGUAAAUUGUAGUGACAAGGUCGGUAAUACCCCACUGCACCUGAUAUGCUCUUCAUCUAAGGAAAAACCUGGAUGUGUUGAGGUUCUGUUUAAAUACAGGGCUUCUCCUGCUAUACAGAACAACAAGGGAGAGACGCCUUUCCACUGUGCGCAGUAUUCGCCCGGUGAAGUAAGGAAAUUAUUUGAAGCCCAUCCAGAUAUUGACCUGUUCAUUGCUGAUAACAAGGGCAAGACUGUUCUCCACUGUGCUGCAGAAAGAAAGAAAAGCAGAAAUGUUGAGUUCAUCCUGGCAAUGGCAAAAUCACAAAACAUUAACAUGAAGCAGUUUGUAAACAUGCCAGACAGCGGAGGUAAGACCGCUUUGUAUGUUGCCAUAGAGGGUGGGGAUUUGGAAUGUUGUAAGUCCCUGGUCAAAGCAGGCGCUGACGGCAACCUGGUAUUGGGAGCUCGAGGCACAUCCUUGCAUUUAGCUGCCGAGAAGGGUCUCCGGGAGGUCUGCGAAUACCUGAUCACCAAAGGCAUAAAGACGGACACUCGAAACAGCAGCUUGAUGACCCCUCUUCACCUCGCGGCCAAGAAUGGCCACGCCAGCUGCUGUGAAGUUCUGCUGAAGCGAGGUGUUCCGUGGGCUGCCCAAGACGACCAGGGCAUGACUGCCCUCCACCAUGCCGCCAAGGAAGAGCGGGCGGAGUGCUGUCGGGUUAUCGUAGCGCUGCAGCCGUCAGCAGUUACAAGGACGGACAAAGCUGGCCAGACGCCUUUGCAUUUCGCAGUCGAGAAGAACUGCUUGGAGUGUUGCCAGGCCCUCGUCACCCCUCGCUCGGAUAUCUGGUGCCAAAGCAAUGGCAAAAGCCCCAUCAAAUAUGCAUAUGAGAAACGCUUUCACCAGAUCUUCGAUUUUCUUCUAAACACAGAGAAUGUGGAGAAGAAGAAGCGAACCGAAAGAGACAUUGAUUUCCGUGAUCUUCUUGAAGAAUCACUUGAGCACAUAAGCAGUGCCUCCGAAGACGAAGACAACGUAGCUCACAGACACAUAGCGAAGGCCAUCAUCCACAGCUGUUUCUGGGAGGAGUCCCUUAAAUCCUACGGAACUCCAGGAGACUUGACCCCGCCCGAGAAACAAAAGAAUGGCAACUUGAGACUCCUUGUCAAGCACCUGCCCGAUGAGGCAAAGAUGGCACUGGACAAAUGUAUGGCAAAAGAUGGCAGCAUGGAGGGGGCUCACCAGCGGGGGUACAUCGUGCGGUACUUGGACCAAGAAUACUUUGUCGGAGUCAACCCCAAGAAAGCCAAGGGCACCUACACUCUAAGCCGCUCAGGGGAACAGCUGACGAAGGGCGUGCGUGUGGGGGGGGUGAGUCGAGCGUGGCGGGAGGACCACGUGGUAGCCUGGAUGACUCGCUACGAGCGCCACGGACUCCUUCAGCAUCCUCUAGUGACACGCUGGCUCGACUACAAGUGGCAGUCCUACGUUAGCUAUGGUCUCUACGCCUGUAUCGUCCUCGCGUCGGUCCUGGCCUUGCUGCUCACUGUGUUCACUGCUAUUUCGUGGGAUUGGAGUUACUUGAAGCAAGAAUACAACUACACACAAGACAUGGUCUGUGCUUUCGAAUCAGAGAAAAUAGUUGGACCGGAAGUAGAGACUUUGCUGAGGCGAAAGGGCCAUUCUCCUCUCGUCCUCAGUUACAUCAUCGUUGCUUUACUCGCUCUUUGGGCGGUGCAUGAUUUGUAUAGUUUUGCAAUGCUGAGGAAGAAAUAUUUCACCAAAGAGAACGUUGCCUUCCUUGCAUGUGCAAUUGCAAGUGUGGUUUUCGUUAUGAAUUUCAGUCAUUGUUCGCAACUGACGUACGUCAGAGAGGACGCGCAGUGGGUCGCGGGCCUGAUAGCCAUCUUCCUGGCCUGGCUCCACGUGUUCCUCCUGACGCGGCGGCUGCCCUUCUGCACGCCCUUGCUCUUCCGCCUGAAGCUCUUGAUCCACAUGGCUCUGAGGUGGAUCGCCUCGAAGGGCGACCUCGCUUACAACCAGAACUGGUCGUGGAUCUCGAGGGUUGUGUCGCAUCCCUCGGUGAGCGUUAGCUUCCUGGUGGUCGUGACGGUCAUCCUGUGCAUUGUCCUGAUGGACGAAGGAAGGAAGAAGGAGAUGGAGAAGUACAAGAAGGAGCGUCGCGUGGCCUUCGUGGAGAUGAUCCUCAACUUCGACCUCCUGUACCCGUGCCUGCGAAGGCGGUUCUACGUGACGUGGAUCUCCCAGAAGCCGCCCGUGCGAAGGAACGCGCUGUGUGGGCGGGCCAGCGGGUGCUGUGCGGCCGGCGACCCUCUCGACGACGAAGCGGCGGAGGCGGCGUCGAAGGAGAUGGCGGCAGGGAAGACGGAGGCCCUUGAGGCGAAGCUGGACGCCCUGCGAGGCGCCGUCGAGAAACAGGCGCUCGAGGUCGCGGCACUCCUUAAGCAGCUGAACAAUUCAGUCGAGAAGCUGGGCCAGCAGAGCGAUCUGCGGCGAGGGAGAGCGGACAAGGACUGAU